GGUUCAGGACUCCGGGUCCAGCCUUCCUCUUUCCCCCGCUAACUGUCGAACAUCGCAGAGAUCGAUGAUCCCUUCUUCUUCUUCUUCUUCUUCUUCUUCUUCUUGUCCCUCUCUGUAAAACCCCCAGAUGUUAAGAUCAUGAUUACAAGGUUUUCCUCCCUCUCCUUCUCUCUUCGUUCUCCAUAAUUUCGCGUUAUUGGGCAGCUCGAGGCGAACAUUGUGGAGCUAAUUCAGGUGUUACUGUAAUAUAAGGGUGCUGUUUCGGUCGGGAACUCAGACACCAUGAAUUAUCUUCUUGGAGCAUUCAAACCGGCGUGUAAUAUUUUCAUCACAUUUUCUGAUGGAAAAACACGUAAGCAGGUUCCUAUGAAGAAGGAAAAUGGUCAAACUGUGAUGGUUCCACUAUUCCAAAGUCAAGAAAAUGUAUCCGGAAAGAUCUCUGUAGAACCAAUUCAAGGGAAGAAGAUCGAACACAAUGGUAUCAAAGUUGAACUCCUCGGUCAGAUAGAGAUAUACUUUGACAGAGGCAACUUCUAUGACUUUACUUCUCUUGUUCGUGAGUUAGAUAUCCCUGGAGAUAUAUACGAAAGGAAAACAUAUCCAUUUGAAUUUUCCACCGUUGAAAUGCCUUAUGAGACAUACAGUGGGGUGAAUGUGAGGCUCAGGUAUGUCCUAAAAGUGACAAUUAAUCGUGGUUAUGCUGGAAGCAUUGUGGAAUACCAGGAUUUUGUGGUUCGCAACUUCUCUCCUCCACCAGCGAUAAACAACAGCAUUAAGAUGGAAGUGGGAAUUGAGGAUUGCCUUCACAUAGAAUUCGAGUACAACAAAAGCAAGUAUCAUCUGAAAGAUGUGAUUAUCGGCAAAAUAUAUUUUCUUCUAGUGAGGAUCAAGAUAAAGAACAUGGAUCUUGAGAUCAGGCGUCGAGAAUCAACCGGUGCAGGAACCAAUACCCAUGUGGAAACGGAAACGCUUGCUAAAUUUGAGUUGAUGGAUGGAGCCCCUGUUAGAGGUGAAUCAAUACCCAUCAGGCUGUUCCUCAGCCCAUAUGAACUGACCCCGACUCAUAGGAAUGUGAACAACAAGUUCAGUGUAAAAUAUUACUUGAACCUUGUCCUGGUCGAUGAAGAGGACCGGCGGUACUUUAAGCAGCAGGAGAUCACACUGUAUAGGCUACAAGACGAUUCCUAAAGUGUGUUUUGUUUUGGAGAUUAGGAGUGAAACACCAGAUACAGGGAACUGCUGACCAUACAGUUACUCGGCAUUGUUUCGACUGUGCUGCAAUUUUAGCUGGAAAUUUCUGGUUGUCAUAUGUAACAUUAUUGUGUGGUGAAGCAUGACCGGUUCUCUUUCUACGGUUUCUCCUCCCGAGCAGGGAAUAGCUGCGACAGCAACAUAAUGUACUUGUGAGUAAGAAUUCAUCGACAUUUAUAAAUGCAUCUGUUGAUUUUCGUA